AUGGUGAAAUGUGAUAUAUCAAUUUGCCUUUUAUACCAUAGUAAUGUAACACCAAACGAUGUCAAUGAAGCUCUUAGUGCUCUCUGUCAUCGCAGACAGAUUAAUUUUGUAGAGUGGUGUCCAACUGGAUUCAAGAUUGGAGUUAACCAUGAGCCACAAACUGCACCUGUACCACAUGCUCUCUGCAUGCUAGCCAAUACAACAGCUAUUGCUGAAACGUGGGCACGUUUGGAUGCCAAAUUCGAUCUGAUGUAUUCCGUGUGA